AUGCAUCUGUCAUUGGCCAGGCUCGCCAAAGCCGCGUCCACGCAAACGGGGUUUCGUCCUAGUCCUAUGGCCUUACUGCCACCGAUUCCAUUAUACCGACGCCUAUUGCGCGCACAUCGCAAGUUUCUUCCAGCAGAGAUGCGCAUUUUGGGCGAUGAGUACAUCAGGGCCGAGUUUCGGGCACACCGCAAAGUUGAAAAUCCAGCGCAUCUGAUUGGCUUCUUGACGGAGUGGCAAAUGUAUGCGCAAAAGCUCGAGGGAGACGCUUGGAUUGGCGAGAAGAUUGAUGAGGGCAAGUUGGCAAAACUGAGCGACGAGCAAGUCUAUCAGCUCUACGACCUAAUGCAAUCCAUAGAGAAGCAUCGCAAGGGCGAGUAG